UAUCUCUCUGACUUCCUGAGUCCCGGAGGACAGCAGGAGGAAGCCUCGCUCCUCUCUCUGGGGUCCCAGAGGCUUCUCCCCUCCGAGACGGUGCAUCUGCGCCAGAUGAGCCCUGGCAGCUCCUGCUGUUAGGGCCUGGGGCCUGGGUACAGUCACACCCCACACACCCCAGGGUAAGGCCUGUGGGAGUUAACUGAGAGGUCCCACAAGAACCUCAAACCCCACAUGGGACUGCUCACCAUCCUCUCACACCCACAGCCUCUUGCUGUGACCCUGCUGCGGGAAGUGGAGCAAUCUCCAUUCUGCCCUCCCACCUGAGGUCUUACCAGCCAUGGCCCAUCGCCCCUGAGAAUCCCUGGUGCCACCCUCCACUCUCCCUGAGUAGAGACUUGGCCACGCCCUGCCCACUGCCCCCUCUGCUCCGCCCCAACCCUGCAGUUCAUCCUCCACACCCGCUGAGGGGAUCUGCCCAUCAUGGAAACCCUACUGGACCUCACUGCCUGAGUCCCUAGAAGACGCCCCCGCUCUCAGACACCCUUACUCUCUCCUCCUGACCCGGCCCACCCAGCUCUCCCACCACACCUGCCCGGUCCCCUCCGGCCUCUCUGACUGUGUCCCUCCCCUGGCUCCCCUGGCAGGACCCUACAUGCCAUCCCACUGAGCGUCCACAGCUGGCUUGUCCUUGAACACUCUUGGCUGGGGGCCUCCUGCCCCUGGGAGCCUUUGCUGCCUCCUGGGUCCCAGGGUUCCCAACGAGCACGUGCUGUUCCCCUGGCCUUUCCUCCCAGACUCUGUCUCCCAGCCUACUGCUGUCCCGGAGGCAGCCAGGAACUGGGUUCUCUAAGAGAGUAAGAACGACGUGGCCAGGCAGCUUCCAUCCUUCGCGUUUCAGACAAGACACGCCAACAAAACACAGGGAGUCAGAUUUGGGGUGGGGUGCCCCAAAAGGCCCUUGUUCCCGGGGUGUCCUGCACAUGGUGCAACGUCUGCCUGGCACACAGGGACCCAUCUGAAGGAAUGAAUGAUGAAUAAAUCGCCCAUGCCGGUCUAGAAAUAGAGGUCAAGUUCAAGGCACAUUCCAGAUACAGGAAAUAAGGGACAGCACUCCUGCAAUCUGCCGGUAGGCGGCGCAGCACCGCGGCGGGGGUUGGGACUGGGGGUGCCCGGAGGAGACCUGGGGCUGACGGUGGUGGGCGGGGGUCGACUCUGCCUUAAGACCCCACACUGCAACUCUGCGAGAAUUUCGCUUUCACUUUGGGCCCAGCUGGAGGCGGUGGGGCCGUCCCGGAGCGACUGCGGCCGGGCACCCCGGCAGCCAUCCGAAAGUGUCACAAGUCCCACGGGCCUGCCGCGCUCCAUGUGUCACCGAGAAGCUGAUGUAGAGAGAGACACCGAGAGAGAGAGAAAGCAGAGACCAGAGUCCUGGGAAAGUCCUGCCGCGCCUUGGGCAAUUAUAAAAAUGUGGCUCGGAGAGCCGGUCUCCCAUCCACCGCCAUCACCUGCUGUGGUCAGCGGUCCGCAGCAGCUGCUCGCCCCCCUCCAGCACAGAGCCACCUCAGCAUGAGUCCCCAGCACAGCCUGCUCCUGGUGGCCAUCCUACUCCUCUUGGACAGCCUCAGCGUGGCCAGGAACCUCCCCGGGCCCACACCAGACCCAGGAACGUGCCAUCAGCAUUCCCAAGAGCUGCUGGAGGCCAUCAGCACCACCCUUCAGAAGGCCAGAGAAACCCUAAAUUCUUCCACCCACACUACUGAAGAGAUUGAUCAUGAAGACAUCACAAAAGAUAAAACCAGUACAGUGGAGGCCUGUAUACCGCUAGAAUUAACCAAGAAUGAGAGUUGCCUGGCUUCCAGAGAGACCUCUUUCAUGCUUAAUGGGAAAUGUCUGACCUCUAGGAAGACCUCUUCUAUGAUGACUCUGUGCCUCAGUAGUAUCUAUGAGGACUUGAAGAUGUACCAAGUGGAGUUCAAAGCCAUGAGUGAAAUGCUUUCCAUGUAUCCUAUCAACCAGGCCAUUCUAGAUCAAAACUUGCUGACUGUUAUGGAGAAGCUGAUGCAGGACCUGAAUUCCACCAGUGAGACUGUCAUGUACACAUCUGCCCAUGAAGAAUCAGAUUUUUACAAAACCAAAGUCAAGCUCUUUGUACUUCUUCACGCUUUCAGAAUUCGUGCAGUGACUAUUGAUAGAGUGAUGAGCUAUCUGAAUUCUUCCUAAAAGGCUGAGGUUCCUCUCAAUCUUAAAGCCAGUUUGAUAAACAUUUGAAAUGUAGAAAUUCUAAUAGAAUGUAAGUUAAGAACUGGGGAAGGGGAGGCUUGACCUGGUCCUCAUGCUUUGUUUAUAUUAGUUAUGUACCCAAAACUUGAAGAAUGGAACUAGUCCAUCUGUAUCAUCCCUUUGAUCAGGUGUCUUUGAUAUUUACUAUGGAUAAGUCUUUAAGUUUUUAGGAACAAAUUUCUGAGGGGGGAAAAUAUCCUCUCUGAAUAGGUUUUUCUUUCCCUUUAUGAGAAGAGCAAGAAUUUAUAAGCUAUUUCUGUACCAAAGUGUUUGUAGAAACAAAUAUGCAAGGAUAAUUUAUUUUAAAAUAUUUAUUU